AUGGCUGCUGCUGAGGAUAGUCGAGUGUUGGCCAUCGCAAGUCAUGUUGUAUCUGGUUAUGUCGGAAACUGCGUCACCACAUUUGUGCUCCAAGUGAUGGGGCUUGAGGUCUCACCGCUCAAUACGGUGCAGUUCAGUAACCACUCAGGAUACAAACAGACGAAAGGGUACCGCACUACGGGUGCGCAGAUUAAGGAGCUCUAUGAGGGCCUCAAAAUGAAUGGAAAUGACGACUUUGGCAUGUUGUUGACGGGGUAUAUACCCGGCGCCGAAGGUGUCGAGGUCGUCGGCGAGAUAGUCAGGAAUUUGAAGGAGAGAAAGAAGGUUUUUUGGUUGUUGGAUCCGGUGAUGGGAGAUCAGGGCCGGCUGUAUGUCGCUGAUGAUGUGAUCCCAGUAUACAAGUCAUUGCUGCCGCUGGCGGACUUGAUAGUACCGAACCAGUUCGAGGCCGAACUGCUCUCUGGUGUCAAGGUUGACUCUCUCGAGUCUCUCUCCCAGGCGCUCACAACGCUUCACCAAACCUACAAAGUGCCACAUGUCAUUAUCACCUCUGUGACUUUUGGCACCAGCGACAAAAAGAUGGAAUGCGCUGGCUCCACUGUCACCAGUACGGGCAGCUCCCGAAAGUUCGUCGUCGACGUCUCCAUCAUCGAUGGCUUCUUCUCGGGUACCGGCGACAUGUUUGCCGCGCUUACCAUGGCUCGAUUUCGUGCGGAAGCGGAGGCGGAUGGGCUGCUGGGGACAGCAUCCUGGAUGUCGCCGGAUGGGGUAGACGCGUUGGAACUACCGCUCGCCAGGGCCGUCGAGAAGGUGUUGGGGUCCAUGCAUAACGUAUUGCUGAAGACGCAGGAGGCAAGGGAUCGCAGGAUGGCGAUCUUGAGAGCUGCGGUGCCGGAUGAAGCGUUAGAGGAGCGCGCAAGACAUGUAAGACUCACAAAGGCAUCGGAGCUGAGGCUGGUGCAAUCUCAGAGGGAGUUGCUAGAUCCGGGUGACUGCGUUAAAGCUGCGAGGCUCGAGUGA